GGCUUAAUCAUAUGGUUUCUCUUCUGGGUAAAUCAAUUUAAGAGUCAAGAUGCAACAAGUUAUGUGUUAUAUGGAAGGCACUUAAUCUUCUUUCAGACGGGCGGGUCAAAUAUCUCUUGACAAAACCUCUCAGGAAACCCGCAAACAGAAAAACGAAACCAGUGGAGUCUGCAAAAGUCAGAUCAAAAUGGGGAAAAAAGAAGCUUCAAAGAUGAACAUCGCCAUCAUACAUCCAGAUCUUGGGAUAGGUGGAGCAGAGAGAUUGAUCGUCGAUGCGGCGGUUGAGCUUGCGUCCCACGGUCAUAAAGUUCAUGUCUUCACCUCUCACCACGACAAAUCCAGAUGCUUCGAGGAAACUCUCUCUGGUAUCUUUCAAGUUACGGUGUAUGGGUCUUUCCUGCCACGGCAUAUUUUCUACCGACUACACGCAGUGUGUGCAUAUUUGCGGUGCUUGUUUGUUGCUCUCUGUGUUCUUUCGGGUUGGUCUUCGUUCGAUGUUAUACUUGUAGACCAGGUGUCAGUCGUAGUCCCAUUGCUCAAACUUAAAAGGUCAUCAAAGGUUGUUUUCUACUGCCAUUUCCCGGAUCUCUUGCUAGCUAAGCAUACAACAGCACUUAGACGGAUGUAUCGGAGACCCAUUGAUUUCAUCGAAGAACAAACCACAGGGAUGGCUGAUAUGAUCCUUGUUAACAGUAACUUCACGGCAUCAACAUUUGCCAAUACAUUUAAAAGGCUAAAUGCACAAGGAAGUCGCCCAGCUGUACUUUACCCAGCAGUCAAUAUUGAUCAGUUCAAUGAACCCCAUACUUAUAACAGGUUGAAUUUCCUCUCUGUAAACCGCUUUGAGAGGAAAAAGAACAUCGAUCUAGCCGUUUCAGCUUUUGCUAUGCUAUGCAAACAUAAGCAAAAUCUGACUGAUGUUACCCUUACCGUUGCAGGUGGAUAUGACGAGCGAUUGAAGGAGAAUGUUGAGUACUUGGAGGAGCUCAGAAGUUUAGCCGAGAAAGAAGGAGUUUCUGAUCGAGUUAACUUCAUUACAUCUUGUUCAACCGCUGAAAGAAAUGAACUUCUCUCUGGUUGCUUGUGCGCUCUCUACACGCCCACGGAUGAGCAUUUUGGUAUUGUUCCAUUAGAAGCAAUGGCUGCAUACAAACCCGUAAUUGCCUGCAACAGCGGUGGCCCUGUAGAGACAGUAAAGAAUGGAGUAACAGGCUAUCUUUGUGAACCGACUCCAGAAGAUUUCAGUUCGGCAAUGGCUAGAUUCAUCGAAGAUCCUGAAUUGGCGAAGAGAAUGGGAGGUGAGGCCAGGAAUCAUGUCGUCGAAUCAUUCUCUGUGAAGACGUUUGGACAGAAGUUGAAUCAGUAUCUCGUUGAUGUCGUAUUAAGUCCUAAAGAAGAUUGAGAUUCCUUUGUUUAGUAAUCAUAGAUUGCUCGUUAAACAUUAGGCUUAGGUCUAAAAAUACUGGAGCUUUAUUGUCGGGUCAAUCAUCUUUAACUUGAAGAUUGGUUGUUGACAGUUUUGUUUUGUUUUCGAUUUUGGUUUGUGGAUAUAAAUUUGACGGAAUAAAAUCGAAACAGUACUCUGUUUCAUAUAGAUAGGCCAAGUCAAUUGAGUCUCGGUCUUCUCAGCAGCGAGCUUCAUCAGAGCCGUCGAUUUGGUAGCUGAACCCAGCAUCUUGAGAAAAGCUCGCUUGGCACGGUUAAGAAUCGUCAUGAUUUUUUGUUUUUUUUCUCUGAUUUUGGUGUUAGAUAUCUAAAGAUGUUUAUGAGUAUUGCUGCUUAUAUAGAUGAUCACUGGAGUGACUGUAUUUUUCAUAAUGCCAGAUAUUUUAUUCGGUUGCA